AUGAAUUCUUCUGAAGAUGAUGUUUCUACAUCUACAUUUAUUACCAGAAAAUCCAGUUCAGGAAGACCCGAGAUGCAAGUAUGGAACCAUUUUAAUAAAACUGUUUCUAGUAGUAGGGGACAUUAUGCAGCUACCUGUAAUUAUUGUGAAAAAAUUUGGGCAUGUGGUAAACCAGAUGAACUUCAAAAUCAUCUCGCAAGUGAAUGUGACAAUAUCAAUCAAGCUCUGGGACGAUUUUUUACAACUUGUUCUAUUCCAUUUGCUGUUGUUGAACACCCAUUUUUCAUUGAAUUCUGUAAGCAACUUAAACCAACCUAUGACCCACCCAGUCGUACAUCAAUUUCAAAUACCAUUUUAAAUUCAGAAAAUGCUCGAAUUACAAUAAAAAUCCAUGAAGAACUUCAAAAAGAAGAAAAUAUUACAAUUGCCAUUGAUGGUUGGAGUGAUCCCAAUAAUAGAAAUUUAUACAAUUUUGUACUCAUGACUUCAGAUAGAAGAGAAUACCUUUGGAAAAUAGAGGAUUUUUCUUCUUUUA